CCAGCCACAGUCGCUGGACAGAUUCAGUGAUUCGCGAACCGUCGUCUCGUCACUACAGCUCUCUGUUUUUGUGCCAGCUGUUUAUUGAAUGGCUUUCGAGGCCUCGAUGUUCUCAGCUUUCUUCGAAGUGGUGUGUGGUUCUGUGGAUUGAAACAACAGCUCAGCCAGCUAGCUAAAGUGGGCGAAGCGCGGAUAGAGUUAUGCUGAAAAUCCUUCCGGCGCCGCCGUGUGUGUGUGUUUGUUGUGUCAUCCUUUGAUUCGAGAUUCCCGUUGGGAGUAUCCCACUGCUGAUGCUGGGCUCUGGAUGCUUUUGGGGCCUCCUCCGGGUGUGAAAACCCUUUCCUGUUUGACGGGCUUGGUGAUUUCUGUGGCAAUGCCGUUUGAAACGUCAUCGAUGUCGAGUUAAUCCCUUCUCAUCGGCUGUUGCCAAUUGGAUUUUGUGGUUGUUUUCGAUUUGGGGAGGGAGAUAAACGAGUCCAUCUCCCCCGCUGGGUGAAUUUCUGACACUUGGAGCUGUGAGUAAUCUUUGGCUCCUGGCGUGUCGGUAAGGUGUUUGGUAGGCUCUUAAGCUGACCUAUUCUAAGCAGCAAUGGGUUGUGUGUGACGUGAUUCAAACUCCACAAGGAAGAUUGUUGAAAUAACCUGUGCGCCCCCCUUCUCGUUGAUAGUGGGUGUUGCUGUAUGGGUUUGUGUGGAUGCUGCGAGGCAAUUAUUGUUCAACUCCUAGAAGCCGGUCGAUUGGCGAGGAGGGAAAGUUUUAGAGGGUGUGUAACUUGUGUAAACUUGGUGAUUCCUGUACGGCUUUGGUGUGUCAACUGUGAACAACACGGUGCGUUCCAUUAUUGCCGGUUCUUGGCGUGCUGUGAAGCGUGUACAUAGUGAUUAUUGUUCAUUUGGGAUUACAUUCUCGUUGGUUGCGAACCAGGAAAAUCAUCAGUGAAAUUGCUGUUCUGAGUGUAACUGAGGAUAUUGCGACACGAAAAUCGAUCCCUCCUGCAUAGCCGCACACAAUUAUUACGUGUUCGUGUAUCGAUCCUCGAACCGUUCGUUGGUUGCAGACAUCUAGGCGGAUUAAUGCGGGGCACCAAAAUCUCCUUCAAUACGUGGUUUCUCUUGCACUGAAAUCGCCUUACCGGGGGCAGAUCAAGGAAUUCAAUAUAAAGUGAAACGAGGGCGGCGAAAAUCCACCACAAACGUGUUUGAUUGAUUGUAGAUUGCAGUGCGAACAGACGAAAUAAAUUAUUUAUCGACAGCAAACCCCGGGUAAAGCUCGUUGCCCACACAAAUUGUGUAGCCAUCAUUCUACGGAAGGGCCGCAAAAGUUUGGCAAAGUUGGGGAUAACGUGUGGUUCAAACCAAUAAUACCAUCUGCUGUGUGGUGUGGUGUUGUUCGCUUCAUUUCACCUUACUUCGACUGUAGCCUGUCCUGUAUAGGCCGAAUACUGUUUGUUUUCUAGACCCAUUCAGUGAUCCGUUGAUUGAGCGGUAGGUUUACGGUGCCAAAAGCUCGUAUUUCUAGCUGGUUGUUAGAGUGUAUUUGUGGUGUGUCUGUGCAACAGGAUUAACGUUGAUGGUUAUUUAAUAGAUGGAAAUUCGCUAAUCAACAACUACAGUGUCGGAAACAGUGGGCAGCAGCAGGCAAACGAGCAAGCCUCCUCCUAAAUCAGGAAUUUCUUCGUUCCUGAAUUCAUCCCAUCAACAAGCAGCACUCAGCUUCUAUUCAACGUGUGCGGGUGCGCGCUUCCGAAAAAACAGAUUGUGAGCCCGCCGCCGGCCGGACAUAGACAAAAAAACCAACUUGGCACGGGAUUGGGAUUCGCGCCAAGAUGUGCUAGGCUAGGAGAUGUGCCGAGCAAAAGGGCUGCUCACCCAAGGCUUCCAAUCCGAUUCCGAAGGAACUGGCAACGUUGAAAACCAUUUCACGGCGGCUUAAUUCGUGCGAGGGAUGGCGGGCGCCAUAAAGGAUUAUAUCAAUUGAAACCCGGAAGAGCGAUAAAAGCUCGAGCAUCCGGAACAGUUUCCAAAGACAAAACUUCAUCCUUUCACUGGACGGAACAAGCAGAAUCAUCCAUACGACGAAGGAUAGCUAACUGUAUGGGGAAGUUUAAUCGUUGCCUUAUGUCAAAUAUGAAUAUUCAAUACACUUUUCCGACCUGUUGUAAACUGUAGGUUCCGAAACGGAAAUAGACAGCAGAAAGUGGAAUCCAAAGGCAGAUAGGGAGAAAAAAAAAGUCAUAUGGACAAGUUCAUCAGCAAGCAGCACCAGAUUGAAAUUAGUCUUUGCCCGCAACAUCGUCACGAGCAAGCAUGAAGCAUUCCAAAUUGCAACAUCAGCAGCAUCCUCAUCACCAUCUUUGUCAUCUUCAUCAACAACAGCGCGGCAAAAGCAAACGAGAGGUUGUGAAUAUAAACUAGUUAGUGGAAAUUGAGUUAUGCAACAGAUUUAAUCGAAUUAGACAUGUUGCUUUGAUAAGACUUUUUAGACGCUACUUUUCUUUUUCACCUGACAAGCGCAACCGGAAAGCGUGUCUGUACAAAAAGUGAAUUACAGAGGGAGAGAAAGAAAAAAAUCUGCUGAAUUGUGAAAAAUAUUGUGUGUCCGGUGGUGGAAAAAAGACCAAGCUAACAAACCGUGUAAAUUCUUGAAAGAAGGAAAACACCAAAGAAAAACCAAAUUGACGCCUACAGCCAGUCCUCUUGAAGAUCGUCCUCCGAGACGAAACCAAACACGAAAAAUCACACAAACAAACAGAAGAAAAUAUGAACACAAAGCCACCACUCCAAGUUCCUAACUUUAUCGGUAGCAGCACCACCCAAUCCAGGCCACAAAGUCCAUCAUUGUGCUUUUCGACCGCCUCGUCCAAGGCGGACAAGAAUGCAGAACCGACGGCGGUGACGUUAUGUGGGUGCCGGAGGGCACCCAGAGCUCAGUGCUUCUCGGCAAUCGGUGUAUUGGUGCUGGUCCUCGCCUACACGGCAGUAGGAUCGGUGCUCUUCGUUACAUUGGAAGGCGACGCCGAGGACGGGGACAUGAUUGAAAGUGCAGUGGCAGCCUCCAAACCAUAUCCUAGGAACGACGUAGUUAGCUCAGAAUUAAGACUAAAAACUGUAGACCGACUGUGGUCCAUUACGGAAGACCUAAACAUAUUGUACAAGGAAAAUUGGACCAGACUGGCGGCCCAGGAAGUUCAACACUUUCAGGACACCAUUUUGAGGGCCGUACGAGCAUCCCGAUCCCAGCAAGUGACAAAUGUCCAGAACCAGAGCAAACCGUACAAGUGGACGUACGCAUCCGCCUUCCUGUAUUCACUGACACUCAUCACCACAAUUGGAUACGGUGGCAUUUCUCCGCGUACGCAAUGGGGACGAAUAGCAUCACUAAUUUAUGCUCUGUUUGGCAUUCCGAUUAUUUUGCUGUACCUCUCGGCAAUGGGCGAGGGUCUGUCCGGAGCGAUGCAGUGCUUGUUUCGGCGAAUCCGACCGUCGUCGCACUCGUCAUCAAAUAGUGCCAGCACCAGUUCGAGUCUAAGCGGCAAUUCGGCAAUAAACAGCAAAUCUUCCAGUUCAGAAAUACAGAAACGGUCCCAACAGCAGCACCAUCAGAGCACAAGCUAUCACCAAACAUGGACCGGCAUUCAUGACCCCUAUGGGAGUGUUCCGGGUUUGGGUGGUUCCACCGGAAGCAUGGCCGUGGGAGCAGGUGGAAGCAUUCACGGCCUGAGCAGUAGCAUUGUGGCAGCUGGAGGAGUAGGAGGAGGAGGCGGAAGCAAACAUAAUCAAUCAGUUGUACCAAUAUCAAUCUGUAUUAUGAUACUGAUCUGUUACGUAACAUUGGGCGCCGUUCUCUUUCAUCGGAUCCAGCCUUGGGGUGUAUUGGAGAGUUUGUACUUUUGCUUUACCUCUCUUGGCACAAUCGGAUUUGGGGAUCUAAUGCCAACUGGGAACAUUGCCCAGUAUGCGGCCUCAGCAUAUAUAGUGGUCGGAAUGGCAGUUGUGGCCAUGUGCUUCAGUCUAAUACAAACAGAGUUAAUAGUUUGGCUAAAGAAGUUUGCCACUCCAGAAUCGCUCCCAUCGUCGACGGAAGAUGUCGCCCUUGUGUCGGUGGCAAUGACUCCAACAAAAUCCUGACAAAGACCAAGCGACAUUUUGCCUAAUGAGUACAACUCGUUGCCACGCCGUUCGAGUGCAUUCCAGAGAAACACACCAGCUAGACGAUCAACCGGCAUUAUGGAGAAUCAUAUGGAAUACUUUGUACCGAGAAGUGUGAGCGAGUUUAACCUAUCUGGUGUGGGCGAUUUAGCUCUUCCACCGGCCAAACGUAGCAUGGUGACGCACGCUGGCAGCUCGACGAUGAUAACGAUACCGAAACCGAGAGAAAAAAUGGUAACCUUCGAGGACGAAUCCAAAUGUCCCCAUGGGAUGCCGACCACACCCCGAAAAUCGGCUCUGACCAACGAUGUGUUCAUGUGACGGGAAGGUUCCUGAGACGAAACAAUUCAAUGCCCGGGAGAUAUUAUUAAAGUCUGAUAGCUAGUGUCCUCCCCUCCCCCUCCUAUUCCUUCGGCAUCACCACCGCUUCUUCAAACAUUUCUUCCCUCCCCUCCACUGACCGAUAGCGGGCAUUGAUAUUGGACUUCUUCCCUACCACACAUCCAGAAUGGCUAACAACAGCACAGGAAACCAACCAUAAGAGGCCAAAGUAACACAAAAAGGACAAAACUUUAUAGAAACUCAUUUUCUUUACAGCCACAGAAAGCAAACCACAGAUGGAAAAACGAACCUAAACUCGUGACAUUCCAUUUUACAUUCCAUACUUGAAUACUGACACACACAGAAGAAAUAACAAGGGGAAAACUCCUCGCUGAUGAUGACCCCCUGAAAACAACCAUCAUACAUACAUAUAACGCAUAAGGCAAACAAACGUUCAUGGUGUUUUGAUAUGUAACUAGAUUUUAGGAAAUGAACAGAAACUUGUACCUAGUCUAAAUCAAAUCGGUGAAAAGAGUAUCGGAACGUAUGAAAGCACGCGAAAUCCUAACUGUAAAUAUAUCCCUUUCCUAAAUGAAACAAUUAAAGUCCUAGACAAAGUCAAAGAAAAUGUUCAUUCAUCUCGAAGCUAGACGGAGGUUUUGUAUACCAUAAAAAUACUUAAAGCGAUUCUCGGGGAAAGAAUACAGAAAUUAAAAAAGCCAUUUAAAUCACUGUUAGUUUCAGAAUAUCAGAUUUUCAGUUGAAAACAAUCCCAAACUUUUAAAUCUGUAUGUAAAAUGAAAAUCAUAACAAUCGAGACCCAAUUUAGAAUAGGAUCGAAAGUCAAAUGGAAGCCCAGAAAAUAACUCCUCUAAAACAAAAUCGUUCCCAAAAUAAAACAGGUUAUGGAAUGGAUUACACAUAAUGAGAUAAAAAAAAAUAGUCAAAAGCAUCCAACAGAACAGUCUUUGAAUAAAUCGAAAUUGAA